AGUGAAAUAAGAAGCUCAUUCAAGAUUCUCAACAUAUAGGUCGUUGUAACCUAUGCGAUUGAAAGGUGUUCGUAGCAUUGUAUAUGGGAGUUAGUAAAAAAUUAAAUCUAUACUAUAAGCAAUAAUUUUCAACACUCCUUAUAGUUGUUUAUUCAAUUGAAUUGGACAACAGUUUUUAUCCACAAGAUUUUAUUCUCAAACCUUGGCAACAUAUUGAAAUAAAGAUUGGGUUUUAAAGAUGUACUCAAAAAUAAAGAGUAAUGGAGAGAGCAAAACUGGAUGGAUACUUCUGCCUGAGCAGAUGGACGUUUUAGCGAAAAAGCCGUACAUAUACCAUGCUUCUGCCGGCUCUAUUCUAGAACUUCUUUUUCUACAAAAGUUCUGGAUGUGGCUAGCGAAUUUUGUUCCUCUUCAUGUGGCUCCAUGUGUCCUGACUUGCUUUGGAUUGGGUAUCAAUCUUGCUAGUUGUUUAACUCUUUUGUAUUUCAGUCCUGAUGCUAGAGCAGAAGCACCAUCCUGGGUGUAUGUUUUAUGUGGUAUUGGAGUUUUUCUUUAUCAAACACUUGACGCUUUAGAUGGCAAACAAGCAAUUAAAGUACAAAAUUCUCCGAUUGAAGAAGUAUAUGAUCAUGGCUGUGAUGCUAUUUCUACAAUUUUUGUUGCGCUAACAACUGCAGCAGCGUGCCGUUUAGGUAGUUCUCCUUUACUCAUGUUUUCAUUUUUCAUUGCAUCCAUGUUAGCAUUUUAUACUAGCCAUUGGCAAGAUCACGUGACACAUCAAAUGAUUUUUGGAAAAAUUGAUGUUUCAGAGGCUCAAUUUUUGGUCAUAGGUAUUCAUUUACUAACAGCUAUUUAUGGUCAACAAAUAUGGAAAACAGAGAUUUUUGGAACUGAAUUGAGAAUGAUUGUGGGUGCUUUCAUGCUGAUCUCUUUGUGUGUAACUGUAGUAUCAAAUGUUACUUAUGUUUUGGGGAGGAAGACCCCUCUUGAUAAAUAUGUUAAAAUUCAAAGAAAAACGAGCUUACAGAUCUGGUAUCCUCUAGUUCCAGUUACAGCUCUUACUCUUUGUGCUUUAAGAGCUUAUUCAGCAGGCUUAUUUUAUUUUAGUCCAUGUAUAUUCAUCAUUGCAUUUGGUUUAGCUUACGCAAAAAUUACAGUUAAACUUGUGAUGACAAAUGUAACAUAUGCAGAUAUGGAUUUAUGGGAUUCUAGUUUAGUUGCGCCAUUUUUACUGUGCCUCAAUACAUAUCUACCAGCACCUUAUAAACUACCUCUUACUACAGCUCUUUUAUGUGGUCUGGUUUACAAUUUGAUGGAUGUGGCACGAUAUUUUACAUAUGUGAGUUGGGACUUGCGGGAAGCUUUAGACGCAUGGAUCUUUGCCAUCAAAUACGAACCAAGCCACCCUAAAUCGCGUAAAGGAAAUCUAGGAUUUUAUGUCAAUGGUCUGAAUAACUCUGAAAUUUUAUCAAAUUCAUCAGAAACCUCAUAGCUUCAUAUCUAGCACUCAAUACUAGAUUUGUGAUACAUAACAUUGAAAGUGAUUGAGACGAAAUAUAAAGAAUGAUAUCCCAGAUGUGAAAUGUGUCGGUCAUGUACAGAAAUGUGCAGAAUGAAUGCUGGUUGAAAAAAAGAAAGAAAAAGAUUACCAUAAAAAAUGAAAAGACACAAGUCUUGCUAAAAUGGAUACGUUUUACUUAAUGUAAAAUAAAUAAUAAACUCAAAGCUGCUUUAUUUUCAAAGCAGUUUUUGUGGGAAAAGUAUAAAACUAUCGACAUUACUUUCACUGCCAUUGUACUUUGUUAAAUCUAAAAUUAUUUUAAAUUAUUGAAGGACAAGUGUGAGUUAUGUGAAAUAGAAUUUAGAGAGUUUAUGCCAAUGUCAAUUUUUUUUGUACAUAGUGUUAAUAUUGUUUGUAAGUGUGAUUUUAUAAAUGUAUUGUUCUAUGAAGAUUCUUUUAUAUUAUUAUUUGGAUAUGUGUGGCACUAAAACAUAGAUAUAAUUUAGUAUGACUUUUGUAAAUAGAUUUAUGCAUUUAUAAAAGAAUGUGAUCAAUGUGGACAUAUAGAAUGUCUUAAUAGUCAAUUUAAAUUUACAGCCUAUAUAUUUUUUUCUACACCCUUUAUAUUUUUUAAACCCAUACCAUCAACAAUCAUUUUUAUUUCCAUUAUUUAAUAAUGAAGUACAGAGAGCCAUACAAUAUUAACACUGAUAUACAAUAUCGUAAAUUUUAUUAAUUAAUUAAUUAAAUUUAAUACUUUGCCAAGAAAAAUAUUUGUGAAAUAUGAAUAAAAUUAAAUGUCUGGUUACAAAUACUCUUUUAGAAUAAAAAAGAGUGAGUUGAGACAUCAGUCUUUCGCCUGAGUGUAAUUUUUCUAUAAAAAUAAAUUAUGGAUAUUUUUUCUAGCAUAAAAACAUCUAACAUUAGAAUGUUCAAACACAAAACUGAUGAUGAAUAUCUUUAGCAGCCAUAUCUUUUUCUACAAGCUAUAAGAUAUGUAGAAAUUUUUUUUAAUGUAAAUAAAUACUUUAAAUUAAACAAUUAAUAUUAAUUAUUAUACAAUUAAAAACAAUGCUGCUUAACCUUCAAACAAAUAAAAGUUUUUAAAAUUUUUUUUUGCUAUGGCAUUGUGCCGGACCUGGUCUUGUAGUUUUCCACCUUGAUACACAUGCUAUUCAACAUAGUCAGACUAUAUAUAUUUUUUCUUCUCUUUUUAGUGAGACUAGGAACAUAUUAGGCUUGGUAAUCUACCCUAUAUAUCUCUUAGUCAUUUGUUUUACGUCAACAAAAUGGAAGAAUUCAGUAGUUAAGUGUUUAAAUUUAUCAUAGUUCAUUGGAAUCAUUUUGAUAACAGCUUUCAAGUGCAUUUUGUUUGGUAGUCAAUAACUGUAAUAGAGGAAUAUUGUUACUUUCUACAAAAUUUCUUAGACCGAUAGAGGGCUAUAUGAAGAACCAAUUAGAAUUCACUACAUGAAUACUGGAUGUCAUACCUAAAUAUUAAUAACUGAUAUCAAACAUUAAAAAAAAAACUAUUAACACCUAAAUAUUGAACACUUGUCAAGGUGAAAAUUAUAGGGGCUCCAUAAUUCCCAAGUGAAAUGGAAUAGUGUUCAAAAGAAUUUAUUUGAAACUAAAAAGGCAUAUCAUGAAUCUACAUAUGAAAGAUUUUAAGGCUGACUUAUCAAUGUUCAAUUUUUUAUUUCUUUAUAAAGUAUUACAGAACGUGGAACGAAAAAGCUAUGGCAGAAUGUAGAUUUUAUUAUUUUUGCUAUUUGGAUGCGGUGACAUGUUUCAAUUGUAAUGGAAAACUUUUCCAAUGAAAACUGUCAGGUGCACUAUUGUUAGAACAUGCAAGAUAUGUUUCGAAUUGUAAUUUUGUAAAAACGUUACCUGAUAAGAAAUUGUCACCCCAGAUAAUUGAAUUCUAUUAUAACAUUGUUAAAUGGGGAAAAAUACAUAUUAAUUUUUAGAAUUUUAAUUUGCAGAGAUUUGUAAUUUCUGAGUGUCAAAAUAUAUACCUCAUAAAAGAGAGAUUGUAUAGACAUAGUGUAAAUGUUUAGUAUUUUUCUUCCCAUAAUAAAAACUAUUUAUUACACAAA